AUGGAGGAAACCAAGGGGGAAGAGGAGAGACCCAAGUGGAACAACAAGGCAGAGUAUCUGCUGACCUGCAUUGGCUUUGCUGUUGGAGUGGGCAACGUGUGGCGUUUCCCCUACCUCUGCCAGAUUUACGGAGGGGGUGCGUUCCUGAUCCCCUACCUGAUAGCCCUGGUGUUUCAGGGUCUGCCUCUGCUCUAUUUGGAGCUGGCUAUAGGACAGAGGCUCCGCAUGGGCAGCAUCGGAGUCUGGAACUCCAUAUCACCCUACCUGGGAGGAGUAGGUGUAGCCUCUAUGAUGGUGUCCUUCUGUGUGAGUCUGUUCUACAACACUAUCGUGGCCUGGGUACUCUGGUACCUCUUCAACUCCUUCCAGGAACCCCUGCCCUGGAGCCAAUGUCCCCUCAACCACAACAACACAGGGUACGUGGAGGAGUGUGUAGAAAGCACGCCGGUCAACUACUUCUGGUACCGUCAGACCCUGAACAUCACUCCUAACAUGGAGACCAGUGGCUCUCUACAGUGGUGGAUGGUGGUCAGCUUAGCUACUGCCUGGGCUAUCGUUUACAUCUGUUUCAUCAGGGGAAUCGAGACCAUCGGCAAGGCUGUGUAUGUAACAGCAACGUUCCCCUACCUGGUACUGACCAUCUUUCUGGUGAGAGCCCUGACCCUACCUGGAGCUUCUGAAGGUCUAAUGUACCUGUUCACACCUGACUGGGAGAUCCUGAAGAACCCCCAGGUAUGGCUGGAUGCUGCCACUCAGAUCUUCUUCUCUCUGUCAGUGGCCUUUGGUGGACUCAUCUCAUUCUCCAGUUACAACAGCCUCAAGAAUGACUGUGAGAGGGAUGCUGUUGUAGUGGGGGUUAUAAACAGUGCCACAUCUAUCUAUGCCUCCAUUCCCAUCUUUGCCAUCCUGGGAUUCAAGGCUCACACCAACUAUGUCACCUGUCUGAAUGGUAACAUCUUAGCACUGACCAAUGAGUUUGAGAUUAGCGACAUGAACAUAACGGUUGAAAACUACGACCAGUGGUUUGACUCUUUAAAUGGGACACAUCCAGCUAGAGUAUCCGAUCUCAACCUGAAGACAUGCGACCUGCAAACCUUCUUGGAUCAGAGUGCGUCUGGUACUGGGUUAGCGUUCAUCGUGUUCACAGAAGCGGUGAUAUCGAUGCCUGGCUCUCAGGUGUGGGCUGUGCUCUUCUUCGUAAUGCUGUUCAGUCUGGGUCUGUCCUCCAUGUUUGGUAAUCUGGAAGGCGUCCUCACGCCCCUUCAUGACCUCAAACUGGUGCCCAAGUGGAUGCCCAACGAGCUCUUCACAGCAAUAAUCUGCCUGGUAAUGUUCCUGUUGGCUCUGAUAUUCUGUCUGGGAUCAGGGAACUACUGGUUGGAGAUCUUUAACAGUUACGUGGGCUCCAUUCCUUUUCUCAUCAUCGCCUUCUUUGAGAUCAUCGCUGUGGUCUACGUCUACGGAAUGGGACGGUUCAGUGAUGACCUGGAGUUCAUGACAGGACGUAGACCCAACAUCUUCUGGAAGGUCUGCUGGUUGGUCAUCAGCCCUCUGAUGCUGGUCGUCGUGUUGGUGGCGUAUGUUGCCGUCCAGGCCCAGAAACACCCCACCUACCCAGCAUGGAAUCCUGACUAUGUGAACUUCCCCGACACAGAGGUUCUGCCGUAUCCAGACUGGGUGUUUGCCAUCUGUGUCCUGCUGUCUUCAGUCCCAGUUCUCUCCAUCCCCCUCGUGGCCAUCUACAGACUCAUCUGCUGCAUGUCAGGAAGACACUCUAAAGACAAUCUCCAUAACGAUCCGAAUCCCUACGCCAACGAAGGCUACGUCGUAGAGCGCUAGACCCUAAAAAGAUACUGUGCUUCCUGCUUGAGCUUUUAUUGUAAGCAGGAAUCA